AUGGGGGAUCAAGCGCGCGCGCGCGCCUCGCACGUCCUCAUCAAACACCGCGAAUCGCGGAAUCCAACGAGCAGACUCGACGCGAGCGGUGACAUCAUCCGGGGACGAACGAAGAGCGCGGCGAUCGAGGAGUUGUUGGCGCACAGAGAACACAUCGCGAGCGGACGGUGCGCGUUCGAGGACGUGGCGACGCGCGUGAGCGAUUGUUCGAGCGGCAAGCGGGGAGGUGAUUUAGGCGAGUUCGGGCGCGGGCAGAUGCAGAAACCGUUCGAGGACGCGACGUUCGCUCUGGCGGUCGGGGAGAUGAGCGGGGUGGUGGACACGGAUUCGGGCGUGCACGUAAUCUUACGCACCGGCUGA